AUGAUUCUCGUCGGAUUCGCAGCUUUCGUUAUGGAAAACGUCCCAUCGGUAACGAUGUGCCUCGACCAGUGCACAAACCCACCACCUGAGACUGGAGACAAUUUCCAAUGCAAGUCUGUCAUGUACUAUUACAACGAGCAGGAGUGUAUUCUGAAUGCUGAGACACGCCACACGAAGCCUGAUCUCUUCAUCCCUGAAGGCGAUGAAUUCCAGGUCGACUACUUCGACAUCACUUGCCAUUUGAAGGGCGAAAAAUGCCCAGCUGGAACUCAUCUCAAGGCUAUUCGGACCGUCAACGCUGCUCUACCGGAAGGCGAAGGAGAUUUGCACGUUCUGAAGGCUGCCGCUAAAGGCGUCAAGGAAUGCAUGAAGAAAUGCUUUGGAACCACCCCUGAUAAGUGCCGUUCCUUCAACUAUGACAAGCAGAGCGGUACGUGCAACCUCCUGUACCUAGACGGUAUGGCCAACCUUCGACCUCAAGUCCGUCAGGGAACGGAUCUCUACGACUUGCGCUGUUUGGCAGAUAUGCCUCUAGUGGAAGGAGACUGCUCCAUCAACAAGGACGAAGCGCUGUUCUCACGAUACCUCCACACCAAGCAACGCGGUAUCGCCAGCAAGACGUACAAGGUCGUCUCGCUCAACUCCUGCCUCGAAGUCUGCGCUGGAAAUCCCACCAAUGAUUUUGGCGUUACAAAUGAGCCUAGCCGGCGGGGUUGCGCUGGAGCGAACUACAACCGCCGUGUCGGUCAAUGCGACAUCUUCGACGCCAUCGAUGGGGAAGCUGACGUCAAUGAACAUGUCGACUUCUACAAGAACCUCUGCGUUAUCAAGGAAACCGACAGUGGAGUGUCAGCAGCUGCCAAUGUGCCAGCACAGACUCAUCGUAUGUCCGGUACGGUCACUAACAAGAAGAAGGACUCACGUGGAGAACUGCUUGCAACGAAGAAGGUGAAACCAUCAAUUCGUGAACACGAACAACAUCGACGCAAGCCUGAAGCCACUUCACCUAUUGGACCUCCAGUAUCUAUCCCGGCUGGUGCAAUUCACACCAUUUGCAACUAUGAAGGCAUAAAGGUCCAAGUGAACAACGGAGCAUCAUUCAGUGGUGUGAUCUUCGUGAAAAACAAGUAUGACACUUGCCGAGUAGAGGUAGCAAAUUCCAACUCUGCUACACUCGUCUUGGGACUGCCAAAGGACUUCGGUAUGCGACCGAUUACAUUAGAAGGACUUGAGGAGACCACUUCACAUCCUGAAGGAAAGCGUCGCGAGAAAGCCGAACGAGUGAAGGAUGAACGAGAGGACUUCCGGCAUAAACGUCAAGCCCCCGAAAGUCGCGAUUGUGGUCUUAUUGAUAUGCUGAACGGCACCUACAAGACGACUGUGGUCAUCCAGACCAAUAACCUUGGCAUUCCCGGAUUGGUAACCUCCAUGGAUCAGCUCUACGAAGUCUCCGGUCCUGAACCAAAUCUGAUCCAACCGAGAGGAAAGAUCGAGCUGGGCAAUCCAGUAUUCAUGCAGCUGGCUAAACUUGGUGACAUCUUGGAGUUACGAUGGGAGAUCAUGGCCAUGGAUGAUGAGCUUGAUUUCUUCGUCAAGGACUGUUUUGCCGAGCCCGGUGUAGGAGCACGAGCCGAAGAGAAACUCCAGCUCAUCCAAGGAGGAUGUCCAACGCCGGCUGUCGCUCAGAAACUCAUUCCCGGUCCAAUUGAAGUGCAGUCGUCCUCGGUGAAGGUCGCACGAAUGCAGGCAUUCCGCUUUGACUCGUCCAGUUCCAUCCGAGUCACCUGCGAACUCGACAUCUGCAAAGGAGACUGCACACCGAUGUCGAGUUCGCAGGUGACUCGGAUGGAACUGGACGAGUCAAAGCGGAAUGCCUGCAUUCGUGCGACCUUCACCGAGGACGACUGCACUUCAAUUGGACCGGGAAUGAGUUUCUGA